AUGCCGAGACUCGUGCGGCGGAGGCCGCUCUGGGAGCGCAUCACGUCGAAUCUGAACCCCAUGGACUUCCUUCUCUGGCUGUCGGAAGAGCUGGAGACGAGGGACUGGGACUCGAAGCUGGUGGGCACGCAGCUGGGCUUGGCCAUGAAUCUUGUCUUUUUGCUGGCGCGGGCAAACGCUGGAGCGACGUCUUCGUCGUCGGACAACGACAUCUUUGGUGACGAGACCAAGACAGGAUGGUUUUCAUAUGUGGCCUAUCUCAUCGUCUGGGGCCUCGCGCUCUUCUCUUGCAUCAACGCGGCUUACACCUACACGCGAACGCGAAGAUACCGAAUGUUCCAGGCCAACAUCGAAGAGCCUCUCUCCACGCCCUCUGCGCGACGGGUCCAGGUGCAGUCGUCUCCCGUGACGUCUGUCUCACCGCUUCGAUACUUUGCCGACAAGAUUGCACCGGGCUCGGCUGAAUCGCGAUCGCAUCCGGAUAAGAAACGAGAUGUGUGGGAACUCGCCGUCUGGGAUCCUCUGCCUAUUUCUCUACGACUUGUUUGCUUGUUCAGCCCGGGACACGUGCUGGCCUAUCUCCUCGCCCUCCCGUUGGCGCCUUUGGAUCCUCAGCCGAGUGUGACUGUAUUCAACGCCGUCGUGAUGCAAAUGGUUCUCUCCGGACAGAUGCUUUUCCUCUCUUCGCGAUUCGCGCAGCAAGCCAAGGACAACGCCAUUAUCCAGAAGGAGGUCAUGAACGAGUACAACACAAAGUUUGUCCAUCCUCGGCUAAAUCCCGUCGUCAGAGACGUCGGAACUCAG